AGCUUCGACUCUCGAUCGCAGCCAACCGUUUUGCAAGUCGGCAAAAUCUCUUCAGGGGCACACCAGUGAAAAUGCAUAGGAUUCGUAAAAAAAAUUAUUCAUGUUAAACAACAAAUCUAGUGGCUUGAUAUUUUAUUCAUAGCUUAGAACACACUAAAUCAAACUAAAACCGUUGCAAGUGAUGGUAAUGGAAAGGGGGGCUGGCCGUCAAAUUUUAUUUUUGUCGAUGGUGUGCCCAAGUUUGCGCCGCUCUCAACUUUUUUUUUUUUUUUUUUUUUUUGCUAGGGACACGGCGGUUUGAAAAUUUAUUAUCAGCACGCAUGUGGCCACGAGCAUGCCAAAAGAGUCAUCCCAAGUACAAUCAUUUUGGGCAAGGAAGGACGGCACACGGGUCGAUGCAGCGUGGCAAGUGCGAUUUCUUAUUAGUGAAUGGACAGGCGUUCGCCCUCUCCAUCGAGGCCUGGUUCUUGCCGGGCACACAGUCCGCCGGCCUCAUGAGUGCAGCGACCUGGGCCUCGCUGUGCGUCACCGCGCUCUUGGUCACCUCGCCGGCGCAGUUCCACCCGGUGCGCACUGUUCCGGCCGAGGGGCUAAACACUCGUAGCAGCGUGUCUACCGUGGGGUUCCCUAUGAAGAUACGUUGUUCUGUCAGACGAUCACUCAAUACACUCCGCCAGUUUCGAUUCGUAGAAUGAACCGACGCGA